AUGGCGUGCAGGACUGCGUUGCGUUCCGCUCUGUUAAUAGAAGCGUGUCGACCCGUUCAUCUCACUCGGAGCUCCGCCUCCGCUUCAUUCAGGACCCGCGGGUUCUCCUCUCCCAGGCUGAGUGGGCAGUUCAGGACCCGGGGUUUCCACUUCGCCAAACGGACGCACCUCAACUGCUCCCACAACGAAAACGCGUCGUCUUUGUCUGAGGACGAACAAGGCCCGCCCCAAGAGGCCGUUUUGAAAGCAAUUUCAGAGGUGUCUAAAACGGAAGGGAGAGUUGGGCAAACCACGAAUGUGGUGAUUGGAGGUACGGUGACAGAUGAUUCUACGAAUGAAUGGCUCGCCUUGGAUCAGAAGGUAAAUUCGUACCCAACUGUUAGAGGGUUUACAGCGAUUGGAACUGGAGGGGAUGAUUUUGUGCAAGCUAUGGUUGUUGCUGUCGAAUCUGUAAUUCAACAACCUGUUCCUGAGGGUCACGUGAGGCAGAAGGUAUCAUCGAGGGGCAAAUAUGUAUCUGUAAACAUUGGACCUGUUCAAGUCAUUUCUAGUGAACAGGUCCAAGCUGUGUACAAUGCCAUGAGAAGAGAUGAUCGGAUGAAAUACUUUUUGGCCAUCCCUAGUCCCACUGUUGCCAUCCAAUUUAGUCUGUGGGCUGAGCAGUCUGGCAAUGAGUCUAUCCAUCUGCUUGCUCAGAAUGCCGAGUUACAAAUGCUUUUGGGUUUGUUAGCGUGGGCUUGUAACCAAUCAGGGCAUUAA